AUGUCCGCCAAUGAAUUGAGAAGUGAGAUUGAGCAGCAUGGCUCAAGCUUGGGCUCUCGACUCACCAAGAAGCUGAGCAAAAGGCUCUCGAUGAGCGGCAGCUCCAAGGAUGGUGGAAAGGAUGUGGCGCAUACCUCUCCAAGCUCAGGUUACGACAAGGACACGACUAGCGGCCGACAAAGCAUGCCCGACACCCAGCGAAUCGGGGACCAGACUGCAAAGGACAGCCCGAAUGCCGCGAGUAGCAGUGCGGCGAAGCAAGAGAUUCCACAGAUUGUGGUAGGGGAUAGAGACACCGCUGAAGGGCCUCGUGGUGAGACAGCCACGGCCGACAAUGUCAACUUGAUGAGCGCCAGAGAGCUCGGUACCCAGGCCGGCGAACGGAGAUCAAGCAUCACCCCAGGCCCACUUGAAUACAACACUGAUAUACGAAGAGGCCCUAUUACGACGGGCGUCCAAAGAGAUUCUAGCGAGGCUGUCCAUGGUGCUGGCAGUAGCGACCAAGCCCAGUCGUUCCCACGUCAGACUGAAAGCCCUUUCGCUUCUGACCCUGCCCAGCAGAGCAUGGGUAAAAGCCCAACUGGAGUGGAACCCGCCGCUGCCACCUCACGCAAAGUCGAGAGCAAGCCUGGCUUUGCUGCCUUUGGAAGCGGUCCGCUUGGAGACAUCCUCCACCGCUCUUCUGAGCAGAGUAACUCGAAAAUGGUUACCACUGACGACGAAAGAAAUGCUCAGGUGAAGCAGCCGACAAACCUUGAGCAGAAUCAAGGUUUCGGCAGAGGUGCUGCUACCGGGCUUGGAAUCGGAGCAGGUGCUGGCACAGCACUCGGGGGCCCGAGGAUGAGUCGCGGCAUGGACAGCGCUGGGACAGACACCAAUGGCAUGGGCACCACCAGCAUGGGAACCACCGACAAGGGCACCUCUGGCAUGAACACCUCUGGCAUGAACACCUCUGGCAUGAACACCUCUGGCGUGAACACCUCUGGAAUGGGCAACACCGACAGAAUCACUGACACACAAGCCAGCAUGGCCAAGUCCCGAGAUGGUGGUGUUGUGCGAGGGGGUAAUGCUGUUAUGGGUGGUAUAGGCGAGUCUCCGAAGAUGGUUGGGCCUGGAAAAGAAAAUUCAUCAAGUCAAGGAGGGAGCUUAGCCCCUGGUCUUGCUGGUGCAGCCGGCCUCGCCGGUGCAGUCGGGGCGACUGAACUGGGUGCCAAGACUGUCAUGUCUGGUCAGAGAGGAGCCACUGAGGGAUCUCGUGCACCUUUCACUGAUGCCGACGGUCUUGGUUCUCCUGGUGGAGCUCAGAAGACAACAUCAUCGCUGCCCGAAUACGCACCGGUGGCAGCCGCGGGAGGUGCCGGUAUUGUCGGUAUGAACAGUCCGGCUCGCAUGGAUGAAAAAACAACUAUCUCCACCGAGCCUGGAAUGCCCGGAGCUACCAGAGGUUCUCCCAUGCCAGCGGAUGUUGCAGCUGGCCGGACCGAGGGGAUUGCGCCGACUUCCAGCACUGGACGUUCACGCUUGUACAUGCACACAAUGCCCCAGCGAUCAGGUAUACCAUCUCAACCAGCACCGCCAGGCACCGUGGUGAUGAAUGUACCAGACAGCAGUAACCUCAAGGACUCGAACAAAGCCACUGCUCGUCGUCAGUACUCCACCACGCCGAGUUCAGCUACAACAAACACUGGCGCUGCAUCAACCCGGGCAGUGCGAGGAUUGAGCGUAAGCGCGCUAAAGACAACUGCCCUCCAAGACAAGUUGCAUGCAGUUUCACAAAAGUGCAAGGCUCAACUGGGUACCACAGCUAGUGAGCUCAGCCAGCGCAGCCCAACUGUGGAUAAUUUCUUUGACGCCGUGGCCGACGAACGUCUGCGAUGGAUGCCACGCGAUGGCAGCAGACUAGACUGUAGUCUAAGGUGGGCUUCAAGGCUUGCAUCUGCUGUUGACGCUCUUCGUCAAUCUACCGAGUCAUUCACCCCUGGCGCUGAAGCCGCCGCUCAGUUAAUUUGGGGCUUCAUGAUCAUGCUGCUCGAGUCUGACUUGGAUGACACUGAUCUCUUUGAGAGUAUAUUUGGACGGUAUGGCCGCGUUGCUGUUGGCAUCUACCUCCUCAUUCAGUAUGAAUCAGUUUACAAGAAUGCGGCCGAACUCCAGCCCCAAGCCACUGCUGUGUUUGCGGACCUACUUGAAAUGGUCUGUAACACCACGACUAGCGCUGUCGAAGGCUCGAAGGCGAAGGAACCAAGCUAUCUGAUUGAGCACGAUGUGGAUUCCGCGUUCAUAACCUAUGCGAAGCGCUACUCAACUCAUUGGAACGCUGUUGUCGAACAAUCCGCCUACCGCGUUGUCAAACAGAGCUCGCUGAUCAAUUCCAAGCCUGAGUUGGGAAGUUUGCGCCAGUUCCUCGGUGUGCAAGAUCGUCCUCUUCAGCUGAUUCUCGACUCACGAAUGCACUCGUUGGCCGAGGGAUCCUUUGAGUGGUUUAAUAGUACCUUGUAUGACUUCACCAUCGGCCAAACCCCUGCCAUGAUUAUGACCGGAGACGCGGGAUCGGGAAAAAGCGCCCUUGCACAGUGGACAGUUGAGCGUCUUCAGGAAUCAGCCGAACAUGACUCUUGGAACGUUAUUCCAUAUACUAUUCGUGCUGACAUUCCUGUUGCAACUCUAACCCUUCGGCUUUUGAAAGGGAUCCUGCAUCAGAUGCUAGAUCACUGCGUUAGCGACCGGCAGCUCCAGGAAGCGAUCUUGGUGCAUGUGGCGAAUGCCGCCCAGGGAGCUAUGGACGGCGCCUCUGAAACCGAGGUUGAGGAGCAUCUCUGGAAAGGUAUUCACGCCGGUUUGGGAUCGACGAUCAAGUUUAUGUUCAUCGUCGAUGGCCUGGAUCAGAUCAGGGCCGGAGAUGCCGAUCCAAGCGAAGUGGUGAACAAGUUCACUCAAAUUCUCACCAAGCAGAACGCGGGAUCUAAGAUGAUUGUCUUCACUAGACCACUCACCUUCAAGUCCCGUUCCGCAGGUGUGACACAAUUCACUAUGGAGAAAAGCCAGACGCGCCAAGACCUUGUCGCCUUCGUGACUAAAGUGUUCCAGAAUUCGCACCUGAAGACAAGCAAGAGCGAUCAGCUCCAGUCGGCCGUAGCUGCAGUUGUCAACCGGUCCCAGGGAUCUUUCAGCUGGGCUGAAAUGGCUGUUGAGUACGCCAAGCGUCAGCGAACCUUGGCCGAGGCGACUACUUCUGUGCAGUCUUUGCCACAGCCCAUGACCGAGUUGCUCGAUUUCCACAUGAAAAACCUGGACCUCUCUCAGCGUGAAGCUGUCGCAGUCAUCUCGUGGCUGGCUGCAUCCGAGCGGCCAUUGCUCGUGGAGGAAAUUGAAGAACUUCUUCGGGUCAAUACUACUGGGCCAUCACUAGCCUCGGGUCUAAGCCAUGAUGAUCACCAAUGGUCAAGCGCCCUCAAACCCCUUGUUGUUACCCGCUUUGGCGUUGUGUCGUUUGCACACACAUCGAUCCGCGACCAUGUUCUAAUGAAAGCCAAGUCCGCCAAUUUCAAAACACCUUUCAAUCUCAAGGAGGCGAACUUGGAUCUCCUGAUGCGAUGCCUCGGAUGGGUGCAAUUGCAAGUACAUGAAGAGACAGAUGUGUCGAUGGACAAGCUGACUAUGGAUGAACGUCACCGUCUUUUCGACAAAUAUGUCAUUUUGGAGUACACAGCGCGCUACUGGCUUUCUCAUCUCCUUUCUUCAAAUCUGGUAACCGACGAAGGCGAGUUUAUAUUCACAUCAAGCUUCAAGAAGCUUCUUCCGACCACAGUUCUCUUUGCUCGUCUUGAGCUUACGUGCAAAGAGUCGCAGUUCACUCGUUCGAGUGUCGUUGAUCUGUACCGCAUUGCCACGGAUAUACGUCGCUUGGUGCUCGGCGAGAAGUCUCUUGGAUUACUGGAGAGUGUUCUUCUUAGCGCUCGUGUGGCGAAGUUUGCACAUGCUAGCUAUGCCGACGAACAUUGCUAUGAGGCAUGGAAACUCAGUCAAGAGCUUUUGGGCCAGGCCGACCCCAUUACGCUCAAUUGCACUGAGAUGAUGACUCAAUCAUUCAGGGAGCAAGGGACGAUGACACCUCAACAGGAGGAUAUUAUGAAGUACCUCAUCCUUACCGACUCAGAAAUUACGGGUGUUGAGUUCGAUAGUCGACUCAAGUACCUUGGUAUCCUCGUCGGGAUGUACAAAGCCCGCGGUGACAAUGACGCCGCUAUGAUGGUCUCGAAGCAAUUUUUCAACAGUGUCGUGGAAAAAUAUGGCACGAACUCAAGACAGUCAACUGAGGCUGCGGACUUCCUGACUGGCCAAUUCUCUACCGACGGUAGUGAUGAGAUGAGCCGAGACAUCGCAAGGACCAAAUAUGACAAUAUUACCCGCACAAUGGGUGUUACGGAUGAACGGCGCAUCAAAUACUCCUUGUACAUGGCGCAGCUUUACGAGCAGCAAGGCCAGCAUGCGCAGGCACACACUGUUCUCUCCAGUCUCUGGGCUGGCCUCAACGCACGCGAUAUUGACUCCGUGGACAUGAUGGACAAAAAGGCAAAUGUUGCGUUGGUCUAUUAUCAGUUCCUUCGUCGCCAGGGCCGCAAUGAUGAGGCCGAGGUUAUCAUGCACGAGCUGGUAGCUGACCUCGAAACCUCUGGCAUUCAGUCUCCUGAGAUGAUGCAGCGCGUUCAGUUGCUGCGCGCCGAGACACGAGAGAUGCAGAUGUACGACCUGGAUCGCUCAUUGUGCAUCCUCUUGUGGCAAUACUACAAGCAGAAUCACAAGGAGCACACUCCAGAGGCACGGAGCCUAGCCCUGUCACUCGCCGAGGAUAUGGCCAAGCCGGUUUCCACGAAGGACUCCAAGUCCGUCUCGGGACAUGAUCGCAAGCUCAUGGUUGAGCUUCUGGAUUCCAUUGCUUCUUCGCCCAGUAACAUCUCCGUACCCACCUUGAUACUUUGUCAUAACCUGGCGAGUAUUUAUGUCCGUGACGAAGAUUGGACAGGGGCAAGCGAGUGUUCCAAGGCUGUUCUACGACAUGUUCAUCCUACCGUGGAACAGGCCGGCUCAUACAAGAAAUUUACAACCGAGCUGGCUCCCCCUAUCACAGACUUGUCGUUGAUUCUUGCAUAUUGCCACUUCCGAAAACUUCAUCUUGAGCAAGCCAGUAUCGUUUACGACAACGCCUUUAGCUCUCUGGUCGCCUCCGAUAAGGUGCCAGUUUCAUCAGUCCUGGCCGUCGCAAAGGCCGUCGUGGAGUUCUAUGAGACCACUUUCCAGUUCACAAAAGCACUGGAUGUGUUGCACGUGGUUAGCAACUUCUUGACAUCUCGACUUGGCGAGGCAGACAAGCACACGAUUGACAACAUGUAUCUCGAAGCUGCGAUGGCCAAACGUUUGGAGAUGGACAAGGAAGCGAAGACCACUUAUCAAAGAAUCUACAAGAACAACUUGAAAGGUGACAUCGUUGCCCCAGCGGGUAUGAAAGCAGCACUUGCCCUCAUAGAUCUCUACGAGCGGGACAAGCAGUGGGACUCAGCAUUGGAUAUCUAUCGCCAUGUAUGGCCCACAAUCAUUGUUCAGGACAACAUGCAGCCAAACGACAAAACCCAGACGGAUGUUCUCCUGGACAAGACCUACACGGGCUACAUGAAACUUUUGACACCUCAUGGGAAGGAUUCCAACUUUUCAGAGCGCUACAGAGUUUCGUCCGAUUAUGUCAAUACCUGUCGCAAUGUGUACGGCCCGACUCAUCAAAAGACUCUAGACGCAACCCUCUUGUUCGCUGAGCUCUGUGAGUCGCACGAUUCUUAUACCGACCAAGCCAUUGGUUUGUACAGGCAGCCCCUGCAGACAAGCGAGUGGAUUCCUACUUCUCAAGCUACCAAGAGUCUUGACCAGAUGAAUCAAUCUCUCCCAAUUACACUGAAGCAUAAGCUUGCACAGCUCUACGUUCGCAAGCGGGAUUCUACCAGCGAGGCGCGAUCCUUGUACACCGAGGAGUUCCAACUUGGCAAGAAGACACAAGGCUACUUCUCGCCUACCACGUUGGCUUGGCUGCGGGAGCUUGCUCUGGCUCACUCCCGACAGGCGACGCCGACCUCUGUCCAACAAGGCAAUGCUUUGCUUCAUAACUACGUGAUGGAUUGCUUGCAGGCAGAUGGUGACACUGCGAUGAUGGCCAGCUGGGCGCGAAAGAUCGCCGCGAUCUACCUGGAAUGCGGUUUCAUUGAGGGAGGAAACAAUGUUCUUGACGAGCUUCGCCAGCGAGUGGUGUCGGGACCCGAGCUCUCUACAAUCCCUCUGAGCGACCGCAAAGACGCGGUGUUCACGGCCGCGUUUGAAGAGGUGUUUGGUCGCCGGGCCAGCGCCGGGCAAAUCAUGCAGGAGAUGGCCGCUGAAAUGCAGACCCAGCAGGCAUUCAACAAGAGUCUUUCGAGCCACGAAUUCCUUCCUACAUUGAUUACUGGCGACAAUCUUGCGCGCCUCCAGACCGAACAGAGCCGUACUCGGGCGGCCACAGCUACUCGCAACAAAUUGUAUGAGUACUUCUGCGCUACGUUGUCUGCAACUCCUCUCGCCGACCGAGAUGUGGUCAAGCAAUUCUACAAGAUCUGUUUGAAGGAGGUUCACCACAACAAUGGCAAGAAGAAUAUCUUGGUCACGACUACGAAGAUGGUGCGAGACCUGUGCAACUCUUCUCGAUUCCAGGAUGCCAGCGAUGUAUCGGGCGUGCUGCACUCCUUCCUGCAUCUCACUGAUUCGCUGAAUACCAACGACAAUAUCAUCACCGCCAGCAAGCUGUGUCUGUACUUGACUGGCCAUCAAGCAACCAAGUGUGAGAGCUCGGCGCUUUCGGCCGAGAUGUCGGCCAAAUCCAAGAUGCUUCUGCAAGAGCUCAUGGCAUCUUCCAAGACGACGGGAAUGGAGAUUGUCGACCUUCCGUUCCAUGAGCUCAACGACUUCAUCACCUUGCUAGGUGAGCAUGAAAUGUUCGAUGAUCUCGAAGGUGUCCUCACUCAAUUGUGGACCUCCCGUAUUGUCCAGCGUACCUGGACCCCGGAUGUUGUUGUCUGGAUCGGUCGUCGACUGGUUGAGACGCGAUUCUGCCGGGGCUCCGUGGACUCGGCCAUUCAGCUCUGUCGUGACAUCUGCUACAACUUGCGACAGGUGUGGGGAUCCUGUGAUCCUGUCACGUUGGAAAUGACGAAGCUUCUUUCGGCACUCUUCACUGCAUCCAACAAUCACAAGUCUGCGGCCGCCCUACACGAAGGCGCCUUGCAUGAGCUGAUGGCCGACUCGAAUGCGAAGAACCACCCACAUGCUGCGGAUACUGCUUCUCAGCAUAUGGAAUUGCUCCGCCGCUCUCAGUCUCGUCUUGGUGCCGGGAAGAGCGAUUCGUCCCGGAGCCCGAACCAUGCUGAUCUUAUCACGCAAGUGACCAAUCGGUUUGGCUUGAAGGACAACCAAAUCCAGGGCGUGGGUGAAGCCAAUGGUGGCGAUCAGUUCGGUGUCUGGUCUCGACCCCGACGCUUCAGUAUUGAUGUCGAUGAUCUCGAUGAACAGGGACCCUCGCAUCACAACCAUCUGCGCGAGUCGAGUGGAGGUCAUAUGGGUCACGGAAACGGAACGGGCAGAAGAAUUUCGGUGCAAGCUCUUUAA